AAGACAGUCGGCGCAUUCGCUCGCUGUUCGCUCUCUCAACGUGUGUGUGAGUGUUGUGUGUGCGUUACAACUAGGGGUUAAAAAUCCAGAGACUGAAACAAUAAAAUUACUAAACGAUCGCUUACACGCACAGCACGCUAGAGUGAGAGUGAGAGCGAGCACAGGCAAGUGCGCGAGUGAGCGAAAUAGCAAGCGAGAGAGAGGCAGAGGCAGAGGCGGCAGACAGAAGGCAGCAGGCAGAGGACGACAGUCAGUCAGUUGGCAUCGCGAGGACUUUGAGCCUGUUAACAGAAAACAUUUGAAUUUAAAUGCGAAUCGUUGAUCAAACGGUGCAGACGUCUCGGUCGCAGCCACCUGAGCAACUUUACCGUUACUUGCCUCGUCGUCGUUAGCUCGUCAAAUUGCAAACAGCAAAUAGCAAAGUGAACAAAAAUUGUAAAAACAAAUCCUAAACAAUUGUGCAUUUAUUUCAAAUUUAAAUUGCGCACAUAUAAAGUGAACAGUUUUUGUGUGUAAAAAAAAUUUCGUAGUGUUUGUUUCGUGUGUGUUUUUUCGCCAUGUCUUCCUCUGAGGCUGAAGUCGAUAUCAGUGUGGUCUCGAGUCCCGAGCCAAGUCCGUUGGGUGCCGCCGGCAUGAGCAAUGGCCGCGAGACGCCAUCGGCGCGCUCCAUUGACGGCAGCUCGCCACCGGCAACGCCAACGCAUCGCUCCACGCCCAACACUGCCGCCGGCACGCCCACAUCAUCCACAUCGACGUUGGCCGCGGCGCCGUCGCACUACAGCCACAACCAUCAUCACAGUCCCAACGGAGCGGGCUCGGUGCCGCCGGCGGUGCUGCAUCAUCAUCUGCAACAUCAUCUUAGCUCGCUCAGCGGUCAUCCGGUCGCCUUGCAUCAUGCUCUCCACAGUUUCGGCCAUUUGCACCCGGCACAUGGAGCCCCGCAUCCGGCGCUGCUGCAACAUGCUGUGGCACCCACAGCGCAUCUCAGCGAACGCCUUGGAUCGCCGCCACACUUGGCAUCCAAAUCGCCGGACUUGGAGCGCAAUGGCAGCAAUGCGGGCGAUGAGCACAGCAGCCUGAACAACAACAACAACAGCAAGACGCUGAAUCACAACAGCACAUGUGCCUCGGCAGCAGCAGCGGCCGCGGUGGCAGCAGCCGCAGCAUCAGUGGGAGCCAAUAGCAAUGACAGCACUGCGAGCAGCAAUGGCAACAAGGCCACAACGGGCUCCAAUGGCUUCACUAGCUUCUCCAUCUCCAGCAUUCUCAGUCGCAGUGAGCCGGCGAAAAAGAAUGGCGCCACAGCGCUGAUUACGCCCAUUCCUCAGCUGCCGCAGCCCGGAGUAGGCGUGGGCGCUGGCGGGCCACAGGAUGCGGCUAUGCUCUCAAGAUUGGGUUUCAUCUCACAGUGGGGCGCUCUCGCUGGACGUUAUGCGGCUCUCUGUCCACCUGGCUGGCCCUGGGCACCUCAGCGUAUGCCCUUCCAUAGUCCCACACAUGACAGUUCCUCGACAAACACCACAGAAAAUCCACCAUCACCCACCUCGCUGAGUCCCAGCGGUGGCAGCAACAACAACAAUAGCAGCAGCAACAACAACAACAACAACAGCAGCACUGCCAAUGCCAACAGCAGCAGCAUUUCGGGCAAUGGCCACGCCAACAAGUCACCACCACAUCAUCCGCUCUAUCAGCAACAACAGCAGCAUCAACAGCAGCAACAGCAUCCACUUGCUGGCCAACAGCAUCCACAACAGCAUCCACAUCAGCCCAGCACGCCCACGAGCAGCGCCGGCGGACUCUCAGCGCAUCAUGGCCAUCAUUUGGGCAGCUCGCAUCCGAGUGCCGCUUACAUGCUGCCCACCAGCAGCAAUGAGUCGGACGAUGAGGGCGAGGAGAUCAUCGAGGAGGACGACGGCACCGAUGGCCCGGACAGCUCGUCGCCGCAUGGAGAUGGCAGCAAUUCGAAGCGUAAGAAGAAGACGCGCACCGUGUUCUCACGUGCUCAGGUCUUUCAGCUGGAAUCCACCUUCGAUCUGAAGCGUUAUCUCAGCUCAUCGGAGCGCGCUGGCCUCGCGGCUUCGCUGCGUCUCACCGAGACCCAGGUGAAGAUCUGGUUUCAGAAUCGUCGCAACAAAUGGAAGCGUCAGUUGGCAGCUGAACUAGAGGCAGCCAACAUGGCGAACAUGGCGCAUGCCGCACAGCGUUUGGUGCGUGUUCCGGUGCUGUAUCACGAUGGCACCACCGCUGGCUUUGUGCCACCGCCGCCACCGCAUCACCAUCCGAUGCAGUACUAUGCAGCGGCAGCGGCACGCAACACCAGUCCACCACGACCGCCGCUGUCGUCGCUGGUAUAGAACGUGGGCUGUUUGGCGGCGCCGAUGACGCUGCUAAAGCCGCCACCGCCCAACGCAAUGCUGGCUGCGUUGCCCUCGCGAAUUCCCCCUGCGCUGCAGCUGCCGCGACACGGCGCCUCCUCCAUGGACAUGGAUGACUCGGAUGGCGAGCUGGAGCAGGAGCAUCAGGUGUGCCACGACGAUGACGAUGCGGCCAUCGAUGUGGAGGCAGACGAGGAGCCCGAACUUGUGCGUCAAAUCCCGCCCUCCAAUGAGCGUGUCAACUCGAGGCCACCAACGGCUCCGCCACCAACGUUGCCAACGUUGCCAACGCCUAACGAUGUUAAGGGCAGCAAUCAUUGUCUGGAAGCUGCUGUCAGUCCAGCUGCUGCUGCUCUGGAUAAAUCGAUAAGCCACAAGGCAGCGCACAGCUAUUGAGCAGCCCCCCUUCCCUCCCCCUGUGCGGCAAGCUCUGUCCCAGUUGCAUUGUAAAUUUCUAUUGAAAAGUUUUGCCAAAGGAUCAGCGGCUAAGUGCACAUCAAUUGGUUUCAAUGCUAAACACACACACAAAGGCCAAAUAUCGAGGAUGGCUCCUCCUCUCC